CUUGGGGGUGGCCCAAUUGCCGGUGUAUGACGUCAAUACAGAGACCCCCUCUCCGACCGUAUAAAUACCACCUGACUCGCCCGUAUUCUUUCCUUUUCAUGCGUGGCACAUCCGCUUUCUGCAUAUAAAUCCAAAAUACCACUCCGAAGCUUACUUCAACAAGCAUCAUGGGCAAAGAGAAGAUUCACAUUAACCUUGUGGUCAUCGGCCACGUCGACUCCGGCAAGUCGACCACCACCGGCCAUCUUAUCUACAAGUGCGGUGGCAUUGAUGAAAGAACCAUCCAAAAGUAUGAGAAGGAAGCCUCAGAGAUGGGCAAAGGUUCCUUCAAGUACGCCUGGGUGCUGGACAAGCUGAAGGCCGAGCGUGAGCGUGGUAUCACCAUCGACAUUGCCCUGUGGAAGUUCGAGACCCCCAAGUAUUACUGCACCGUCAUCGACGCCCCUGGUCAUCGUGAUUUCAUCAAGAACAUGAUCACUGGAACAUCUCAGGCUGACUGCGCCGUCCUUAUCGUGGCUGGCGGUACUGGAGAGUUCGAGGCUGGCAUUUCCAAGAACGGACAGACGAGAGAGCACGCUCUCCUUGCUUUCACUCUGGGUGUCAAGCAACUGAUUGUCGGCGUCAACAAGAUGGACUCCACUGAGCCACCGUACAGCGAGUCCCGAUUCAAGGAGAUUGAGAAGGAAGUCAGCGCAUACGUCAAGAAAGUUGGCUACAAUCCUAAGGCCGUGGCAUUCGUUCCCAUUUCUGGCUGGCACGGAGAUAAUAUGUUGGAGCCAUCUCCAAAGAUGAGCUGGUACAAGGGUUGGGAAAUUGAACAAGUAGAGGUGAAAGAUAACAAGAAAACAACUAAGAAAUCCAGUGGAAAGACGCUUGUCGAGGCCUUGGACUCGAUCAUGCCGCCACAGCGGCCUUCAGAUAAGCCUCUUCGUCUACCUCUGCAGGAUGUCUACAAAAUCGGAGGUAUUGGAACAGUGCCAGUGGGUCGUGUGGAGACGGGUAUCAUCAAGCCAGGUGUCGUGGUCACUUUCGCUCCGCCCAAUAUCACCACUGAGGUCAAGUCUGUGGAGAUGCACCACGAGUCUCUCCCUGAGGCCCUCCCCGGCGAUAACGUAGGCUUCAACGUCAAGAACGUGUCCGUCAAGGAGAUCAAACGUGGGAUGGUGGCCGGCGACAGCAAGAACGACCCCCCUAGGGGGGCUGCCAGUUUCAAGGCGCAGGUUAUCAUCCUGAACCAUCCCGGGCAAAUCCAUGCUGGUUACGCUCCGGUGCUGGACUGCCACACGGCCCACAUUGCCUGCAAGUUCGCCGAGCUUCUGGAGAAGAUUGACCGCCGUUCCGGCAAGAAGUUGGAAGAUCUUCCCAAGAUGGUCAAGUCCGGCGACGCAGCCAUCAUCAAUCUGAUUCCCUCCAAGCCCAUGUGCGUGGAGUCCUUCAACGACUACCAGCCCCUAGGGCGUUUUGCCGUGCGCGACAUGAAGCAGACAGUCGCCGUGGGUGUCAUCAAGGAGGUCACUAAGAAGGACCCAGCCGGCGGCAAGACCACCAAGUCUGCCCAGAAGGCUAGCAAGAAGAAGUGAUGGCAGGUCCUCACGACCGCUGCCUCAAGCAAGCCCUCGCAGAGGGCCUGCUCAACAAAACCAAACCGUUCUAGCGAUCUUAAAACCAUAACCCUUAUCAGUGUUCUCAGAAACCAAGUAGUGAAACCGUUGAUUAAAGUUGUAAAGCCCUUCGAGUCUAAGGCGCAGAGAGAAGGCAUUAACCACAGAAAGUUCUUCCGAAGGAAAAACUGAUUUUGGCUAAUAGAAAUUUUAAGAGCACAUUAAUUUUGCAAUUAUUUUGUGAUUGUAAAGCACUCGCUUAAAAGUACUGUCAAGUUCUGAAUUGUUUUCCUCAUCUCUCCAACACAUGUGAAGGCAAUGUGGAGAUUGAACAAAAAUGUCAAAAAGCCAUGCAUGAACAUUAUUGCUUGGUAUUUUUGUUUUUUAUUCCAUGCAUUGGAACUAUACAUUUCCCCAGAAGGGUUUAAAAAAAAAGUUGCAAAUUGUAACGUCAUGUUUUAUUUGUUAAACAAUCAUGGCCAUAUACAAUGUUGAAAAGAAAUCUAACUGUGGAGGAACGACUCGAAAUUACGUUGGUGUUUUUGUGAGAUGUGAACUUAUGAGACGUCCAGUGUAACUUCAGUUUGCCAAAAUGACUGUCAUUGUUUGGAGAAACCCCAAAGAAUGGGUCGUGUUAACAACGAGGAGUCUUUGGAAAAGGAAUAUUGUAGGAAAGCAGGAAUAUUGGAAAAAGUGCCACAUUUUUCUUGCAGCGUGUACAUGCGAAUACUCGUUAAGUUUCUCAAAAAUUUUAUUUCCGAAACCCGCAGCGGCUGUUGCUAAACACAUGUACAUGUACUUUGUUUUGUGGUGUAACUUAAAAUGUCGAAAUAGACAAAAGACACGAGCAUCCUUUAUCAGUUCGGGUGACCUGUUAAAAAUAAUAAAUCUUGAAGAAAAAAAUUGAA